CGUUGACGGUCAAACACAGCGUGUUUCCUUUCCUCUCAUCCAAGUGAUCUCUAUAACUCUACGGAAUCUCCGCCACGCACCACUUGUCGCGUUCCUAUUGGACCUCCUCUCUCGUGACCUGUCCUUUUUAAAUCUCCUCUCCUUUCAUCGUUUUGUCCUUUGGCUUGUCAUUUCCGCCUUCACUUCGACGGAGGAGGCUUCCUGUUCUGUUCUUCUGUCGAUCCAUAUCUUAAAAUCUUGGAAGAAGUUACUUUUUAGUUUGAUAUAGAAAGCAUGUCACCUACCGAAUCUUCACGUGAGGAAAAUGUCUACAUGGCCAAGUUGGCUGAACAGGCUGAACGUUAUGAGGAAAUGGUGGAAUUUAUGGAAAAGGUUGCAAAGACCGUGGAUGUUGAGGAGCUAACUGUGGAGGAAAGGAAUCUCCUCUCUGUGGCUUAUAAGAAUGUCAUUGGGGCUAGGAGAGCUUCAUGGAGGAUAAUCUCUUCCAUUGAGCAGAAGGAAGAGAGCAGAGGAAAUGAGGAUCAUGUCACAAUCAUCAAGGAGUACAGGGGUAAAAUUGAAUCAGAGCUGAGCAAGAUUUGUGAUGGGAUAUUGAGCCUCCUCGAGUCACAUCUCAUUCCCUCUGCCUCAUCUGCUGAGUCUAAGGUAUUCUACCUCAAGAUGAAGGGUGAUUAUCACCGGUAUCUUGCUGAGUUUAAGACCGCAGGUGAGAGGAAGGAAGCUGCUGAGAGCACUUUGUUGGCGUACAAGUCUGCUCAGGAUAUUGCUCUCGCUGACCUUGCACCUACUCACCCAAUAAGGCUUGGACUUGCUCUUAACUUCUCUGUUUUCUACUAUGAGAUCCUGAACUCACCUGACCGUGCUUGCAAUCUAGCAAAGCAGGCCUUUGAUGAGGCUAUUUCUGAGCUGGAUACGUUGGGUGAGGAAUCGUACAAGGACAGCACAUUGAUCAUGCAACUGCUUCGAGACAAUCUGACACUCUGGACUUCUGAUAUCACAGACGAAGCUGGGGAUGAAAUCAAAGAAGCAUCAAAACGUGAAUCGGGUGAGGGACAGCCGCAACAGUGAUGAGUUAAAAUUCAUAGGAUAUAUCUGCUGUGUACUUCUAUCUUGUGACCUCUGCAUAGAUCCCAUGCUGGUGGGUUUAGGUGGAUUGCUGAAUGAAUUUGGUAAUUCUGAGUGCUGAUAAGCACCUGGAAUUGAAAUGUUCUGACAGAUUAUCAACCUUCUACUAUUGAUGUUCAGAAUGGAAGUUGGUAUUCCUAUCGCUUUACCAUGUGAUAUUGUUGAAUUUAGGAAUUUCCAUUUUUCUUUUUUUAUUCUAUUGAAAAAUUCCAUUUUUCAAAUUAAAUAUGUUAAAGUACAAGAAAUUGUUGGGUGUUAA